UUGGCGGGCAAUCACAAUAAAUUCAAAACCAAACCCUAGAGAUGUCACAUCUCUUCCCUCACUCUAUCAACUUUCUCUCUCUGUUCUCCCUCCCUCUUUCUACUUCCUCUCUCUCUUCGUUCCUCUGCUGCUCUAUCAGUGUCUAGGGUUUUUCCCGAUCUGCUCCAGUGCUCUGCGUUUUAUCAGGAUUUUGUGCCUUUCAUUGGGUGCUCGUUAGCGUUGAGGUGAAUUUGGUUUGCAUUCUUCGGUGGAAUCAGGUUAAAUGGAUGGAAUUCUAAGUUUAUUUUUGGUUUGAAAUUGAAGACCUAUAAGGAGAGCAUAAAAGAGGGAAAAGGCCAGAAAUCGAGCAGGAAAAGGAAACAAGAAGGGAAUAGUAUGGGGAAAGUAUCUCCAAAGGAGAGGGGAAUGAAGACUCCGAAGCAGAAAAGGCGACAGAGGAAUUCAAGCAACAAGUACCUCAGGCCGGGAGCUCUCGCCCAGCUACGGUAUAGUAAGGCUGCGACAAAGUCAUGUACCGACCUUGUAAAGAAACAAGUGGCGGUGUUGGAUUCCAAGAAGGCAGAUAGUGAUAUUGCACUGGGAGGUGAGGCUAUUGAUGAAAGCCUUCCGAUUGCAUCUCCUGAGAAGUUUGGAUUUUCACCUGUGAUCGGGCAGCUUAAACAGAGUAGUUUGAUGGGAACGCCAAGGACUCCUAGGGUUGAUGAGUGUGAAUCCGAGUCAAAGCUGGAGUCUCUUCCUAUGGAUUUAUUGGUUAAAAUACUAUGUCACCUGCACCAUGACCAAUUGAGGGCUGUUUUUCAUGUCUCACAGAGGAUUAGGAAGGCAGUUUUGCUUGCUAGGCAAUUCCACUUCAAUUACACAACCCCUGACCGCUCACGACAGGAGAUGUUGAGGACAAUGACUCCACUCCCAACAGAGCACUGGCCUUUUGUAAGCAAGGGAGAUGGAAAGGGUGUCUUUCUGGCUAGUCCACAUACCCCAAAAGCACCAAGGCAUGGUCCCCGGCCACCUUCUCGCUUGAAAGUUACUGAGAUGCGGCAGAUUGCUGCUGUUCUCUUCCAGGAGUCAGCAUUACCUUCAAGAUGCAUGGUUCCAUCAAUUUUACCAAAGCCCCUCUGCAAGUCCUUGGCAUCUAAUCGAGUUCUAUUCUAUGAGGACGAGUUAUGUCAGGCUGUUGCUCAGAAUAAGCUUCUCUAAGAUCUUCCUUUACUUUUUGGUUUCCAUGUAUAUAAUUUCUUCCCUAUCCCUAUACCUACAGGCUGUAGUUAGAGUAUGCAAGUUUUGUAGUUUUCUGGGCAGUGUUAGGUCUUAUGGAACUUCAGGUUUGCAUUGGGACUUUAAAGAUUUGGGUGGCUUUUAUGGGAAUAAUAUAUUUCAAUCUGGUUGCUUGUAUAGUUUUCUAGAUACUUUUGAAAGAGUGGGUAGUUGUUUUUUCCGAGUAAGAAAGUAGUAUAUUGAUUCGUAUCAACAUUGAUUGUCUCUCUUCUUGAGAGUAUAAUGUACAAGGGAUCUGUCCUUAUUACAUGAACUGCAUCUUUUGCA